AUGGCCCCUAAGCGCAAGCUCCGAUCGUCGGCUGAGGAGGAUAGUGGAGGAGGGAGCAGUUCGGUUGUAGUCAUGGGUGGCAGUUCAGCCGGGGCGAAGGCGGGAGGAGCCCGGCAUGCUGCCAAGAAGAGCAAGGCGAAGAAGAACGUUCCCCCGCUGCCUGCCCGUGUGGACAUGGCCUUCCUUCCGAACGGCUUCAGGCCGGACUUGACGAAGCUGGUGGCGGGAGCGCCAGGGACCAGCACGGGGAGGCCGCUUCGGCUGUACGCCGACGGCAUUUUCGACCUUUUCCACUACGGCCACGCCAAGGCGCUCGAGCAGGCGAAACGGUCUUUUCCGAACUCGUACUUGCUGGUGGGGUGCUGCAACGACAAGCUCACGCAUGAGCUCAAGGGGCGGACGGUGCUGAAGGACACAGAGAGGUACGAGUCGCUGAAGCACUGCAAGUGGGUCGAUGAGGUGGUGGAGGAUGCCCCGUGGGUGGUGGACGAGGACUUCAUCGCUGUCCACCAGAUCGACUUUGUGUGUCACGACGCACUCCCGUACGGCGACGCCUCCGGGCAGAGCUCGUCUGGCGACGUGUACGCGCACCUCAAGAGGCAGGGGCGCUUCGUGGAGACGCAGCGCACGGAGGGAAUUUCCACCAGUGACAUCAUCACGAGCAUCAUCCAAGACUACGACGUUUUCGUGCGGAGAAACAUGGAGCGUGGCUACAACGCGAGGGACAUGAACGUGCCUUUCCUCAAGGAACAGGCCAUCAAGUUCGACAUCGUCAAGGACAAAGUUACGCGUCGAGUGGGAAAGGUCAUAAAGGAUCGCCAGAAAAAGAAAACCAAGCAACAGGCUGGUGGGGCCCUUAUCACCAAGGGUGUGAAGGGACGAGGUGGCGGCGGCGGUGGUGUUGACCCGAACGGCAACAAGGAGCGGCACAACCUGGUGCUGGAUCUAGGGAACCACGCCCAGGAGACGAUCACGGACAUGCAGAGGAAUUUCGUGCAGAUCUUCGACCGGGAUGGGGCUAUCCGCACGAGCUUCCGCGAGCAAAGAAGGCAGAUCCGCGAACGCGUCAACGUGCUCGCGCGGACCAGCUUCUGUUAGGGGGAUCGAGCCUGCUGCCUUGGGGGUGGGGGUGGGUGACCGGCGUCAAGGGCGCCGGCUCAACAGGCUGGGGCGCAGAGUUUGCGUCCUUGCGCAAAGAUCGAAGAAGGAGUGCGGGGGGGUAUCAACCUCAGGAAGGAGUCGGUGAAUGGGACUUGGAUGAGAUGGAGCAGGCUGUGAUAGUCUGUCGCAUGUGAUAGGUGCCUUGAUGCGCCAGCGAAAGGCACCGAGGGCUUCGAAAUUGUCUGCGUGGACGGCGUCGCAGGAACUGGCAGUUUUGGCGGCGGACGAGGCAGCAUUUGCGGUCGCCCUGAUGUGCCGGCACUAUUUUCUCGCCGAAAUACCACCGCUCGCGGAUCCCUACUGGACGCAGUGGAUGCUUACGAUGUUCGCAGGAGAGCGGGUGUGGUGAGCGCACAAGAAUGAUGAAAUCUGUUGGCGUGGGAUUAUAUAACUGAUGGACAACUUCUUCUGUGUCCAGCAAGUAAACGUACUGGCUUUGCUCGAUGUCUUAACCCUUCUUGACCCUCAACGUCCCUCGCGUUGGAACAAAGACGCUUUUGUCUUGAUCAGUAAGAGACAAGAGACAGAGAAAGAGACAACGAGAAAGAGACUAGGCACAACCGCGGGGUAUAACCGCGGGGUACGUCGGGGCACUUCGCAACCGCCGGAACUACAGAGAUGUCAGCUUGGUUUCAAGCGUGGUACAUCAGCAAACACAACAGGAAUGCGGGCACGAAGAUGUGUGCCACGCAUACCAUAUCAUGCGUUUCGUGAAUAAUUCCGUGUGUGUUGUAUGAAGGGUUUCUUUUUCAACGUGGUUGUACGAGGGGGCCGGGUGUGGUGGAAGACCUCGUGCAUGUGCGUGUUGAUAUUUUGCGGACGCUGAAGCUGCCCCGACCAAACACCCGGCCGGCACGGAGAUGCAGAGGGAAAUUUUAGGGUACGUGCGUUCACGCACGUGCACAUACAACCAGAGAGCUCUCCCGUCCCCAGGGUUGUCAAUUUUGAACGUUCUUGUUGCUUCUGCUCCCUUUUUUGCCAAUGAUAAGCAUUUUGCUUGCCGGGAGGGGAAAACCUUGUGCUUUUUUGUAACGUUUUCCAAAGCCCUCGGCGGCCUACUAGAGGCAAGUAAACUCGAGAACAUUUAUCUCUUUGCGCAAAUAUAAUAUGGCAGGUAGAUUUCAAGGAGUUGUUCCUUGUUUUCGACGAGCAAUCUUCGGGUCUAUACUACAUAUCUGCUAGAGAAAAUAUAGAUAUUCUAAAUGAACGCCUUUAGGUUCAUGGCGUCCCGACUAGCUUCUCGCUCUCUGUGCUUCGACACAGUUAUCUACGUCAUAUUGGACACUGAUGUGGGGAUUAGACGUACUGCAAGGGUCAAUUGUCAGAUUCAACCACACAUCACUGCCAAUCGCCGGAUUUUUGGUUCAUUGCUGGCUCAAAGUUGUCCUCAGGCCUUGAUUCUCGGAAAC